AUGAACAACGUUCAGUGUGACGUGAACCGCGGCCUGACCAUCACCGUGUGAUAUUACAGUCAUCGAUGACUCCGUAGUCUUGUUCAUCUCGACCGGAACACGCGGCCGAGAUCGGCGUACGACGGCGGUAUAAUAUAUUAGGUACUCACGACUCGUCGAGUGUCAAUUAAUACAAAAUAAUAUGUUCUAUUACAAUCAUUUAUCGUAAUCGUAAAAAUUAUAUUCACCGCCGGAGUUCUCGUGUGAGUGAGUGCUAUAUAUACAYAUACACGAUACGGCAAUAUACCUACAACGCGUAUAUACAAUUGUAUGUGUUCGCGGCAACGACAGCAAUCUGUUUGAGAUGAUCGUACGAAUGAAAUCUCAGAGAUGACGACCGAGAGAAUUCCCAUAUGGUUUUACGACAAGAAACUGUGGAUCAACGACGCGGACAAGCGUACUACGUGCGCCGACGUGGUGACUACGUUGACCGGCCGCGGCAGUGACUAUGCGGUGGCCGUUGAUAGCGCGCACACUGGCACCAUAGUGCCGAAUCCCAACAUCAGGGUGCUGAAGAUCUGGCAGAGCCUGCGGCCGGAUCAACAGUUAUGCUUGCGAAAUGUGAGAGGCAAUGGCUUCCACUACCGUGGUGAAAACAACAUUGAUAGCGGUGCCGGUGGUUGCGACGACGACGCAGCGUCYGAGAUUAGCGGUUACCGUGGUGCUCACAAGAAGCGCCGCCGGGAGGUGGUGGUAAAGUACGCCUCACGAACGGUGCACCCGAAGAGGCUGAGCAACACGCAAGCGGCCGAGGAGCUACUGAAACUUAUACUUGAACAGAGCGACACAAUCCGAGCGCAGCUGAAAAAGUUGCAGGACCGUGAUAAGAAGAUCGAGAAGAUCGAAACGGAAACGCACAGGACUCGAUCAGACGCGUUGGGAUCGAAUUACCUGUUGGACGCCUACCUAGGGGGCGGCGGUGGAUGCGGCGACGACAAGGAGGAAAAAGACAGCGGAAUCACAGAGGGCGCCAGUGUGGAGAAUGAUGACCACGACGACGAGAACGAAGACGACGUCGAUGACAAUGGUGGUUGUGAUGAUGGUGGGAGAGGAGGAGUUGUCAGCGAAAUCGCAGACUCUGGAACUCCGCUGUUGUCGUCGACGCAAGAGUCCAUCGCUUACCUGGAGAAGAUCGUCAAGAUCAACAAGAAGCUGUACGAAUUCGAGGAACGUCUGAUCCGGUUGUACGUGAACGUGGAACGGUGUCGUGACCAAGAGCAACUGCUGGACGAGCUGAAACGAGCUGAGGCCGACAUGGCCGACACGGAACGGAUGUACCGUGAAAACACUCUGCUAAUACGUGACACCGACACCGAACUGCGCGCCAGGUUGGGCUACAUUGAACAGUUGCAGUACGAGGCGGCCAUUGUGGACAGCGAGAACGAAUACCUGAUGGGUUCCAUCGAAAACCUGCAAAGCCGACAUCAAAACCCGCAAAACCAAGCYGAGAACUACCAAUCCCACAAUCAUGCGGCUGCUUGUCGGGUAUUAGACACGUUGGUCUAGGCCAAAUGAUAACAUCMGAUACUAUAGCGCUGUUAGAGGUCUGCACGGGCUGAUUAUUUACAGCCAAUCCGAUCUGGUAAAAUUUUUAGAAAGCCCGGCCCGGGAAUAGAUUUAGUGAGCAAGCCCUGCUGAUUGGUAUUUUUUUUUAAUUGCCCGGCCAGAGAUUUAUCUAUAAGAAAAAAAAGUCUGGCCCGACCUGUGGACAAGCCUUGCUUGAAUAGAUUUAUUUAUUUUUUUUAUUGUCUGGUGCAUCUUAAAAUUUUAUGGAUUAAGCACGACACGGUUAAGCCCAUAUAUUUUCGUCCAUCAUAACCCAGUUAAAAUAUUUUGUGGGAAAGUCCAAUCCGAAGGUUUUGUAGUUUGAUUUAAGGAAAACCUGUCCUGGUCCCGUAAUUUUUGACCAAAUAGAGAUCCAGCCCCGCCCGUUCU